AUGGAGAAAUCAUCAAAUGCCACAAACACUUCUUUUCCGCCAAAAUUACAUGAUAUUUUACUCGAGCUUCAAUCCAGAAGUAUGUGGCUCAUAGUCGUGGAAUCAGUUCUUCUGCUCUUAAUCAAUUUUGUGGCGUUUUUUGGCAAUCUACUGGUUUGCCUUGCGUUUUACCGGAAUCCAAGACUGCGGAUUACUCCAAAUUAUUACAUCAUCUCCUUAGCAAUAUCAGAUUUGCUGACAUCAGUAUUUUGUUUACCAUAUUCUGCAGGAGCUCUUAUUGCCGGCAAGUGGCCAUUCGACAAUUUGAUUUGCCAGUUACAAGGAUACAGUGUCUUUGCUUUCAGCAUUGCAUCUCUACAUACUAUGGCAUUGACAGCGUGUAACAGAUACAUACGAGUCAUCAAGUUCCAUCUUUACCCCAACUUAUAUACCUCGAAACUGACAAUUUUGUCUGUUCUCCUAAUAUGGGCAUGGGCCUUGCUUUGCAGUGCACUCCCUUUCAUUCUCAAAAUUUCUACUUUUGCCUUUCAUCCGGGAACUGUGAUUUGCUACAGUUCCCCUUCAUUUACGCCGGCUUUUAUUAUCCUUUUCACCACGACUCUGACGAUAAACAUUCCCGUUCCCAUGGCGGCGGUUAUCAUCCUAUACCACAAGGUAUUCCGAGCAGUUAGGCACCGGAGAUUCCGCGUCUCGACCGAGAGAGGACAUAGCACGAGUCUUGAGGAUAUAAGGCUUGCCAAGUUGCUGUUCACCGUUUCACUGGGGUUUUGUUUAUGCUGGGGGCCUGUCAUGAUUGUAGAAUGUAUCCGUUUUGUAGGCGUAUGGACAGUUCCUCGACAAGUGUACCUGACAAGUACAUAUUUUGGAGCUGCGAGUAGUGCCAUCAACGUGUUCAUUUACGGAGUAAUGAACCGGGCCUUUCGCAAUGAGUUUAUCAAAAUAUUAUGCUUUAAAAAGGUUAACUAA